UUGCUUUGCACCAAUCCCCGAUCACCUUACUACAGGAAACUAGCCAAUAGGCGCUGGUUGUAUUUCACAGUGCCGUAUAGAGGCGCGCACGGACCAACGGGAUACAGCAAAGCAGUAAAAGAGAUACGCUUUUGGGCUGGAGACAAGCCGGUAAAGCAUGGCGGAAUUUCUUGAAGACCCGUCCGUUCUUACAAAGGACAAGCUUAAGAGCGAACUGCUCGCGAACGACGUUCCUCUUCCCAGCGGCGAGCACAGGAAGGAUGUGUACGUCCAGCUGUACCUCAAACACCUGACCGCGCUCAACAAGAAACACUCCGCAACCGACACCUUCUCCAGUGACGAAGAAAUUACACCGAUCAUCUCUAACAGGAGCCGAUCGGGAAAAAAAGCCACAAAAAAGACGGAUAAGACUCGCAAAGAGGAGCUGGAUGUUACAAGUCUGACCGACAGCGAAUUGAGGAGUCAUCUGAUGAAGUAUGGCAUCAAUCCUGGUCCUAUCAGCGCCACAACCCGCAGACUUUACGAGAGGAGACUUCAAAAUCUGUUGGAUAAGUUCCCUUUAAAGACCACGCCACCUGAACCUGAGACUGCAGUUCCAGAGACGGUUACUGUGAAGGCAGAUGGCAGUCAGAAUGGCAACACGCACACCACGCAGGAUGAGUACAGCGACAAGGAAGAAGAAUUUGAACCAGUACCAGAGCCAGUUCCUGUAGCACCAAAACCUGUAAGGAGCAGAGGAAAAACACCAGUGACCACCAGGACAAGCAGCCGUCACAGUAGCAAGGAGAUAGAGACAACAGCAGCUGACGAGCUGUCAUUUUCCGUGAACAGAGGUGAUGUUUUAAAAGACAUUUUCCCUAAUGAACCUGCCACACCCACAGGCAUCACUGCUACCUGUCGGCGGCCUAUCCAUGGUGCAGCUGGGCGUCCAGCAAAGCCACUUGACCUCUGGCCAGAGGAAUCUAUCUUGCAGCAGCGUGUGUUCACAACCACCAAAUCAUCACUCACACAAAGCCACAGCACUCCGUCAUACGCGCAAUCAUUCUCUCCACCGUCUGAGCUACAUCCGCGCCGUCGUUCCUUCUCCGUCUGGCUCAAACUGCUGGUUUUCCUCCUGCUGGUUGCUUCACUUUACUAUCUGUUUCAGAAUGUGAGCAAUGAGCAGAUCGACUCCUGCAUUGUCUUCUUACAGGACAAGCUGGUCACGCCUCUCCAAACUGCAUUUGGUGUGCCUGGCAAGGAAGAGAAUUCUGGGAGCAAGUGAAUGCAUCUUCCCUCAGUGUGCGCAUGACCUGUCUUUAUUCUUAGACUUAAGCCACAUCCCCAUCUGAUGGAUUGGAGGAUUAACGUAUUGGCAGGGUUUGUGAUUAUAAUUAUUGCAGUCAAAUUUUUUAGUCAUGUCCAAUUAUGUUUUAAUUAGUCUUUGAACUGUGUGAAUUGUGUUUUUUUAUGUUAUUGUUUUUUUUUUCCUUUUUGUAGCUGGUGAUCAGGACAGAAUGAAAUAGUGUUUUUUUGUUUUGUAGACUUAAAUCAUGAUAAAACAAUUCCCACAAUGUUUGCAUGUAGUGCUCCUAGACACACUCGAUUACAGAACAGAUUUGUUUUAGAUAUCAACAAAAUGCUUUUCUAAAGGGCAUUAGUAUGUGUUAAUCACAGGAGCUCUUCAGAAUGCCAGUUUAAAAUGUUGGGGCAUGGUAAAAAGUACUAUUUUUGUGUGCAGUGGAUUUUUAGAAAAGAUUACUGUAUGUACAUACAUUUUUUGCUGUGCUGAAUAACUUUUAUGUGAUCAGGACAGCAAAGAUAUCCUCUGGUAAUUGUUUCUGUCUCUUUGUGUAGUAGCAUGGAAAUGUGCCCAAACUACUAGACUACCUGGUCAGUUUUACAGAAUUGCUUUUAGUGCCACUUGUUCUGGUUUUUCAUCAGACCCAGUUUCACAAUACUACACUCUCUGCUGUCCUCUCAGGCUGUAGAUGUGAUUUUUUAAAUUCAUUGAUAUGACUGAUUUUGUAUUAGGUGACAACCUAUAGGGUAUGUUGUCUAAAUGUAUUGUGAUCGUGUUCUUGUCAAAUUCGUCAAACCUGUCCAAGUCGUCAUAACGCAAAAUUUAAACACCCUGCCUGCUUUUUUUCCUCCUCAGCAAACACUGUUUUUUAUCUAAAUGGAAUAUUUUCUCUACUGCAGUUGAAGGUCACAUCUGCAUCUGUUUGACAAGCGUGAAGUAGUGCAGAAUCUUUUAGUUAAAAUAAAUACAUUAACAGUAAACUUUUGUUUCAAUUAUUGCAAAUGUUUUUGUAUUUUAUUACUUGGAUUUUAAAAUGUUUUUGCUUUUUAACUGCAAUAUUUUUCUAAAGUUUUUUUUAUGCCUUUUUAAAGACAAGCAAACAGUUCAGUGGAAUGGUAGGUGCUAGUAAAUUGCAGCAAACAUUUAAGUUUAAGCCUGCUGCCUAAAGGCAGAAAGUGUUUAAAACAAAAAAUUGAAAUAAAUUUUGCACAGGCAGCUAAUAGAAUUUAAUGGUUAACUGGACUGUUUCAUUCUGGAUGAACUGAUUGUCUGUCAUUUGUUAAAUACAGGAAUUGUGUGAAAUAAAAACAUAUAUGAAAGACAA